CGAGUGAAGCUUCACUCGGUGGCUGGCCGGCGUGCGCGCAACAUGGAGCGUUCUGUCGCGCUCCUACUUUUAUAUAUAAGCGUCGCGCGCGCAGAAAUAUUGACACCCCCGUAUUUUAACUUAGCACUCGGAAAGAAAAUUACCGCAACGGCGACGUGCGGCGAUGAAGGUUCGGAGCUCUACUGUAAACUUGCCGGCGCCAACGCCGACCACGACGAACAUGUGAUACAAGGACAGGUUUGCGACAUUUGUGAUGCCAACAAUGAAGCAAAGAAACAUCCACCGGAGUACGCAGUCGACAGCAUGGAGACCUGGUGGCAGAGUCCGCCCCUGUCGAGAGGAAUGAAGUACAACGAAGUCAACUUGACUAUUGACCUCGGUCAAGAAUUCCAUGUAGCGUACGUUUUUGUUCAAAUGGGCAACUCACCCCGCCCUGGACUCUGGGUAUUGGAAAAGUCAACUGAUUAUGGGAAAACCUUCAAACCUUGGCAAUAUUUCUCAGAUUCACCUCAAGAUUGCGAAAGAUUUUUCGGAAAAGAGAGCUUGCAGCCAAUAACAAGAGAUGACUCUGUUAUCUGCAGCACUGAAUAUUCUAAAAUUGUUCCCUUAGAAGGAGGAGAGAUUCCUAUCUCACUUCUAAAUUACCGGCCGUCAUCUAACAAAUACUUUGACUCGCCUGUUCUACAAGAAUGGACAAGGGCAACUAACGUGAGACUUCGGCUUCUCCGAACAAAAAAUUUACUCGGACAUCUCAUGUCUGUGGCAAGACAAGAUCCUACUGUAACGAGACGAUACUUUUACAGUAUCAAAGACAUCAGUAUCGGCGGUCGUUGCAUGUGCAAUGGUCAUGCAGACAAUUGCGACCCUGCCGACCCUCAGAGCAAUACCAACAUCUUGGUGUGUCGUUGCCAACAUAACACAUGCGGACCACAAUGUGCCGCUUGCUGUCCAGGUUUUGAACAAAAGAAAUGGCGCAUUUCACAAAAUUGGAAUAGAUUCGCUUGCGAACCUUGUAAUUGCCAUAAUCACACAACUGAAUGUGUUUACGACCCUGAGAUCGACGAGAAGCGUCUCUCCUUGGAUAUUCAUGGCAAUUACGAGGGCGGUGGCGUCUGUAAGAACUGCCAACACAAUACUGAGGGCAUUAACUGCAAUAAAUGCCAACCAACGUACUUCAGGCCCUAUGGAAAGAAAUGGGAUGAAAUCGACGUAUGUCAGCCUUGUAAUUGCGAUCUGCACUACUCGACCGGUAAUUGUGAAGAAGAAACAGGUCGUUGUGAAUGCAGACGUGAAUUUAAUCCACCUAACUGCGAUUCUUGUGCCUAUGGAUAUUUUGACUAUCCGAAUUGUAAACCGUGUACAUGUAAUUUGAACGGUACAGAGGGUGAUAAUUGCACACCAACAGAUGGCUUAUGUCCAUGCAAAUACAAUUAUGCAGGAAAAUCUUGUGAAAUUUGUCAAGACGGCUUUUAUUCACCCGAAUGUAAAAAUUGCGAGUGUAAUUCAGUGGGAUCCGUAUCUCACGUUUGCGACAAAGAAACUGGCAACUGUACUUGUAAGAGUAAAUACAGCGGCCGCACUUGCAAUCAGUGUGAAGCUGGUUACUUCAACUAUCCUACAUGUAAACACUGCAACUGUGACACCAGUGGAACAGAAGCUAGCAUUUGUGAUGACGUCAGCGGUCAAUGUAUCUGCAAAGAUGGAUUUGGCGGUGCACGAUGUGACCAAUGUCUUUCUGGAUACUAUAUGGAGGUAAAAGGCCGUGAACGUCUCUGUGUGCCGUGCAACUGCUCACCAACUGGCUCCACAUCUACCAGUUGCUCCGCUGAUGGCAAAUGUAACUGCCUCUCAAACUUUGGAGGAAAACAAUGCGAUCAAUGCUCGCCUGGUUAUUACAAAUACCCUGAAUGUUUACCUUGCAACUGCGAUGUGUCUGGUUCCAUUGGCUCAACGUGCGACGACAACGGCCUCUGUCAUUGCAAACCAAACUUCGAUGGAGCGAAAUGUGACAAGUGCAAGGAACAAUUCUAUAACUACCCAGCUUGUGAGGAGUGUAAUUGUGAUCCUAGAGGUGUUAUAGCCUCAUUUGCAGGUUGCGGGUCCGUGCCUGCUGGUGAGCUAUGCCAAUGCAAGGAUCGUGUGCAAGGUCGCAUCUGUAACGAUUGUAAAGCCUUAUUCUGGAACUUGCAAGAAUACAAUCCUCUGGGAUGCGAAGAAUGCAGUUGCUAUCUGGCUGGCACGCUGGGUGGGUUGGGCGCGUGCGAUACCCGUUCGGGUCAGUGCACGUGCAAGAUGAACGUCGACGGCUCUCAGUGUGAUCAGUGUCAAAGCGGCUUCUACAAUCUGCAGAACAACAAUCUUUUUGGAUGUACCGAGUGUGACUGCGAUAUCGGCGGUUCCAUCGACAACAACUGCGACAAGAGCACUGGUCAAUGCCGCUGUCACUCGCGCGUCGACGGCCGACGCUGCGACCGUCCUAUCCGCGCCCAUUACUUCCCCACUCUUCACCAGUUCCAGUACGAAGUCGAAGAAGGUCUAACACAAUCCGGUCCAGUCCGAUACAGAGAUUCAGAAGAAGUCUUCCCGGGUUAUUCCUGGAAGGGAUAUGUUGUAUUUUCUGUGCUCCAGAACGAAGUAAUUAACGUGGUACAUAUCGGCAAAUCGUCUUUGUACCGGAUGGUGUUAAAAUACGCCAAUCCUCUACGUGACUUAGUAACCACCUCGAUUAUUAUAACACCAGAAAGCGUUGUGGAUACGCAGCAAACGUUCAAUGUAUAUUUGCGACCUACUGAACAGCCCCAGCUGGUAACUGUAACAUUGGAAAAAGGCAAUGCACCAGCACCGUUUGUAAUGAACGCCGGCAACUGGACUGUCACAAUCAAGACAACGAGAGAAGUUAUGAUUGACUACUUUGUACUGAUACCUGAGGCAUACUAUGAAGCGACUGUUCUAACUAAAUUAGUUGACAAACCCUGCGCGAUUGGAGAACGCAAUCUUUGUCGCCAUUUUGCUUACCCAAGUCUCAACGGAUUCCCUACAGCCAACAUAACAACUCUAAUAACACCAGUCACUGAAUAUGUCAACAAUCCAGAGCAACUAAGAGAGUACAACUUAGGGCCAGCUGAUAUCCCACUAUUGAUCAGUGAUCAAAGUGAACUACAAUACGACAUGAACAUCGAACCAAACGGACCUUACAUUCUUGUAAUUGAAUACGUUACACCAGUUAAUAAUACAGGAAGUGGUGCUCAAAUUGAUGUAACUAUAUCAAAUGUAACAGACGAUUACAGUCCAAAAGGAAUUAUUACUAUUCGUUUCCAAUCCGGUGAUGGGCCUGAGAUGGGUGCGAUUGUGAACCUAAACGAUUGUCCUUACACUACUCCUUGCAGACAAGUUGUAGCUGAUGAUCUCUCAAAGAUCAUAACUGAGAAUGUUAUGGAUCCCAACAACGUUGUCUACCUAGAGGGUGACACUGAUACUCUAGUUGGAAUAAAAUCGAUAGUAGCAAUUCCUGAAGCAAUCUGGCAUCUUGACUACAUAACACCUCGUCCGUUCUGUUUGAGACGUAAUGGUAAAUGCAGUCCGGGAGUGUUCGCGGCGGCAGUGGACUCAAAAAAAGUUGAAAUGGAAGCAGGUACGGGCGGGGGCCACUACACUCGACCCUCCAUACUCGAUAAUUCAACAUCAGUUGUUUAUCUGGAUCCAACCUCGGAACCUAUUAAGUUGGAAUCUAAAGUUCCUACACCCGGAGACUACGUCUUUGUCGUACAUUACUUCCAGCCUAAUAAUCCAGAGAGCAAUGCAGAAAUAACUGUCACUAUCGAUGACCAGAAAUACGAAGCAUCUUUACCCAUAGAACAUUGCCCGUCUAAUUCUGGAUGCAGAGCUCUAAUAACACUGGCCAAUGGAAAUACACAAUUUUCUGUUAACGAAAACUUCACAUUAAAUUUCAAGGGUAACACAAGUAAAGGAGUUUGGUUGGAUUACGUCCUAGUUAUAGAGAAACCAGACUACAUGGACACAGCGAUUAAAGAAGCAAACACACUCGAUUACACAAGAGAGUUUAUUGAAAAUUGCGCUAUGAAUCAUUAUUAUAUAAAUCCCAAUGAAACUGGUUUCUGUCGAGACGCAAUGUUCUCUAUCACCGCCGAAUACAACAGCGGAGCGCUGAGUUGCCUUUGCGACUUCAUGGGUUCUACAGAGCUGGAAUGUAACACAUUCGGUGGACAAUGUCCGUGUAAGCCCAACGUUAUCGGACGAACUUGCAGCGCUUGCAAAACUGGUUUCUACGGUUUCCCUAACUGCAAACCUUGCAAUUGUCCACUGACCGCCAUUUGUGAUGAUAACGGUCAAUGUAUUUGCCCAAAGAAUGUGGAAGGCGACAAUUGUGAUCGUUGUAGGCCGUUCACCUUUAACUUCGACGUGCAGCGCGGUUGUGAUGACUGCAACUGCAAUCCUCUCGGUGUAGUCGGCAACCAACUACAGUGCGAGGCAGACAGUGGUAACUGCGAUUGUAAAGACAACGUAAUAGGAAGGACCUGUGAUCACUGUGUACCUGGCCAUUAUGCAUUCCCCGAUUGCUUAGAAUGUACAUGCAACUUGUACGGCACCACUGAAGACGUGUGCGAUCAAAACACUGCCCAGUGUUAUUGUAAAAAGCACGUCAGGGGUCAAGCAUGUGACACUUGCAAAGAUGAAUACUUCAACUUGCAACCAGACAAUCCCGAUGGUUGUACAAAAUGUUACUGUUUCGGCAAGACAACAAGGUGCACCAGCUCGUAUUUGACGUGGGCUGAGAUUAGUGGUAUGAGCGAUUGGUACCUAGUAAACGUCGAAGUGAACCGCACUCUGAACAUUUUCCCGUACACCAUUGCCCCUACUAUUUUGAACGAAACGGUAAUCGGCGCUGAACUCGUAAGUAGUGACGAUGAAGACCAAAAACUAGUUUACUUUGGUGCCCCGGAAUAUUAUCUCGGACAACGUCUGACGUCAUACGGAGGAUAUCUCACAUACAAUGUUUUUUACACCACACGAGAUGAUGGAUUUGCCGUGAUUGAAGCUGACGUUAUUAUUGGUGGUGCUAACGGAUACAUAGUACACAACAGCGUAGAGCAACCACCAUCAGUUGUCAACUGGAGACACAGCGUCAGAAUAAGCGAGGAUGAAUUCACAAACCUGGAUGGUUCUGCGGUCACCAGAGAUCAAUUUAUGAACAUACUUGUUAAUGUAACCAGUAUUUACAUUCGAGCAACUUAUUGGCAUCAACCUGUGACAACAAGAUUGAUGGGUGUAAGUUUGGAUGUCGCUGUAGAAGACUUUGCUGACGGUAGACAAGCUUCAUCUGUAGAAGACUGCCAAUGCCCCAAAGCUUAUCGUGGUCUAUCGUGCGAACAGUGUGCUGAAGGCUAUUACAGACUUAGUUCCGGACCCCAUGCCGGAUUCUGCGUACCAUGCCAAUGUAACGGACAUUCAAACGAAUGUGAUGUCAAUACUGGUAUUUGUCUGGAAUGUACGGACUAUACAAUGGGAGAUCACUGCGAGCAAUGCAUUCCUGGUUACCAUGGCGACGCGACGGUUGGCACGCCUCACGAUUGCCUCAUCUGCGCUUGCCCAAUGCCCUACCCAUCUAACAACUUUGCCAUUGGCUGUGAAUUAAGUGGGAAUGGUUCCCUGAUCUCUUGUGAUUGUAAACCCGGCUAUGCUGGCGCAAGAUGUGAAUACUGUGCGGCAGGAUACUAUGGCAUUCCCGAAAAUAUUGGCGAUUAUUGUAAACCUUGCAACUGUUCGGGUAACAUCAACCCUGAAGAUCCCAGCUCGUGCGACAGCAUCACUGGUGACUGUCUCAAGUGUGUCAACAACACCGCUGGAGCCGCUUGUAAUCUAUGUGCCCCAGGUUUCUUCGGAGAUGCCAUAUUUUCUAAGAACUGCACAGCUUGCGUGUGCGACGAGUUUGGAAUGGAGCGUUGUGACCCCACUACUGGUACUUGCGUAUGCCGGCCGGGAGUAAUUGGAGACAAGUGUGACCGUUGCGCGCCCGAUCAUUGGGGCCUCAAUAGCGGUCAGGGCUGUACCCCGUGUUCCUGCGCACUCGCCUCCGAGUCUUCACAGUGCGAUGAUAAUACUGGACAAUGCAGAUGUGCAAAAGGAGUCACCGGAAAACAAUGCGACCAAUGUGCUGCUGGCUAUUGGAACUAUACCAAAUACGGAUGCGAUCAUUGUAAUUGUAAUACUGGAUACUCUCUUGGAUUCAUGUGCAACGCCACUGGCCAGUGCGAGUGUCUACCGGGUGUCAUAGGAGAAAAAUGUGACCGUUGUCCUGAAAGGUGGGUGUUAAUACCACACGAAGGUUGUCUCGAGUGUGAUUCGUGUACCGACGCUUUAAUAUUCUCUGUAGAAGACUUGAGUUACAUGUUGUCCAAUGAAAGUGUAGAAUUUAAGGAUAAGGCAGACUCAUUUUUCACUACACAACGACUGAACUAUAUUUCCAACCAAACUGAACAACUUAAGCCCAGGGUAACAGAAUUACGUAAUGUCGAUUUAGGCGAAGUUACAACUGCGGUAAAAGCUUUGGAGACUAGUUCUAAGAAUUUGUUAAGAUCUGCCGAGUUUGCAGCAACCGAUAGCGAAAAUCAGAUCGGAAGGGCUGCGACACUAGCAGCAGACGCUGACAAAAUUUUAGCGUCGGUUCGGGACAACGGUCAGAGAGCUAAAGAUAUCGUUACACACGUUAGUGACUUGGCCACAGGCCUGGAACUCAGUCAACAACCUAAAGUAGACAGCGCUUUAGCAGAAGCUCGGCAAAUUAAGAGCGACAUUUUAGCCAAAGACCUCAAGCCAAAGGAAGAAUUAGCAAUUAGUGCAAUAAAUAAUGUCGACAAUCAAAUAGAACGAAUGAAUAUUUUCGUCCAACCUGUUAUUGAACAAACAAAGAGGUUCCAAAUAUUAGUAAACAAAACAAAAGACUUGAAGGGAAAGUUAGACGAAAUGUUACAAUACACGAAUAUUGCACAGAAAACUGCUGAUGAAGCUAAGAUGUUGAAUGAUAAGAAUAGAGAAUCAAAGUUUGGAAACAAAGUUCUAUCGGUCACCAAAUUAAACAGUGCAGCUAUGAAAGAUCUUAUUGAUGCCGCUUUAGAUAUAAAUAAUGCCACAUUCUUCAAUGCUUUGUCUGGAGGUAUCGUAAAUAUUUCUUCGAAAAGAUUAGAAGAUUUAAACAACGGUAACAACGAAAUUGAAGAAAUGCUAGAACUUUUAAAGGAUGAUUUUCCAAAUCUAACAAAUUUGACUGACGUAGCUUUGCAUCAUGCAGAAGGAUUAAGAAACAGGGCGGACAGUCUACGUGCUUUAGCAGAAAGGGAAAAUAACAACACUAGGACACAACAUGCUUAUAGUGCAGCCUCUGCAUAUUCUUCUAUUGUACAAGAAAUCAGUGACGCGAAAAAAGCAGGCGAUGAAGCAGAAUCAUCAAUUCUAAACGCCACGAAGAUCAAUAAUAUUCUACAAGAAAACGUCACCCCAGCAAAGAAUAAAUCAAUGACACUGUCAGAAACUGCUUUAAGUGCUCAACAGACCGUUGAACAAAAGCUAAGGCCUAAUCUUACCCGUGCAGAGGAAGCAUUAAAAGACGCAUGGAAGAUUCUUGGUGAUGCGGACGAUGAAAAUAAUGCAAUACAGUUAUCACUUCCGACCAGCACAUCAACUUCACUGGAAGCCGAAACUCAAAAAGCUUCUAAAGUAAUGGAAACUGUCAAAAUCACGAGUAAUAUAAUGUCGCAACUAGGCAAGGAUCUUGCUUCUAGUAAGGAAUGGGCUCAGUCUCUACCAAAAGUAGCUGACGAUGCACAAAAGAUGACAUCGAAUAUUGAGAACCUAGUGAAUAACAUCAAAGAUAUGGAUCCUAAGAUUUCUUCCCAGUACCGUGUUGUAAAAAUGAAACAGGAAAGUCUGGAACAACGUCGCAAAGAAGCAGAUGAAAGGUUGAAGAAAUUGAGAGAAUUAGUUGAACAGGCCCGUACUGUAGCCAACCGAGUGCAAUUCGGGGUGACAUUCGACCGUUGGUCAACACUACAACCGAGACUUCCUGAUACUGUUGACGAAAUGUCUACAUCCACUCACGUAUCUACAUACUUCCGCACCAAAGAAAAGAACGGAUUCAUACUUUACUUAGGCAAUCCAAAAGACACAAUGCUCAGGCGAACAAAAUCUGAUGACUUUAUGGUAAUUGGUAUCCAAAAUGGAUAUCCAUAUGUGGUAAUGGACAUCGGCGACAGCGCUGGAAAAGAUCCUACCAAGAUUGGCAGUGAUAAAUUUGUCGCUGAUAAUAAAUGGUAUCAAGUCAUAGUUGACAGAGUCGGGCGGAAUGUCAAGUUAUCCAUACGCGAAUCUUUAGGCAAUGGCACAGAAUACAUACAUUCGAAAGACGCAACUUUACCAGGACAGCAUACCAUCUUCAAUUUGGACAGACAAAAGUCCAAACUUUAUGUCGGUGGUGUUCCAUCUGAUGCGCAACUGCAAGGAGUGAGCUUCCCAGCAUUUGAAGGUCAAAUAGAAGAACUUAUGAUAGGUGAUACACCUGUAGGAUUGUGGAACUUCAUCAGUGCUGAUAAUUUGAAGGGAGCUAGACAGAGAGACAAAUUGAUAACAUCACAGAGUGGGCCACAAGAGUAUCGAUUCAAUGGUCGGUCUCACGUUACAAUGCCAGGCAGAGGAUACCUUGUUCCACAGAAGAACCACGUGCUUCUCUUCUUUAGAACAUAUGCUCCCGAUGGCCUGAUAUAUCUAGUUGGAGAAGGUAGUCACUUCUUCUCCCUUCAGAUGCAGGAUGGACGCAUUUACUUACAGGUAUCUCUCGGAAACCCUGACGAUCUGACUAUAAUUGGGACAACGAAAGCUUACAAUGAUGGCAAAUGGCAUAGACUAGAUGCUGGAAGAUAUUUGACUACAUGUUCACUCAAAGUCGAUGGCGAAGUUCUUAAGACAGUUUCAACUUCAGAAACGAAAGAAAUCCCCGAUCUAGACACGAUGAACUUUGGUGGAAACAAUAAAGGAAUUAUACAAGUUACUAGUAAAGGAUUUGACGGUUGCAUUCGACAAAUUAGUAUAGAUGGUGUAAACAUUGAUCUGAGCGAAAACAUAGAGUCUGUUGGCAUAGCUUAUGGCUGUCAGUUCGCAUCACUUGUCUCUCUAUCGGGCGACAACAGUUAUCUACGCUACGUUAAUCUUACAACAGAAAACUUACAAUUGACAUUGAAAUUUAAAACAUCCAAAGCAGAUGGACUUAUUUUUGUAUAUUUAAGUAGAACUCAAACUACUACAAUGUCCGAUAGUAUAUCCUUAUCGUUAAUUGGCGGUAAAUUAGUGCUAAUGAGCCAACGAGAACAGCUUGACACAGGCCUCGGUACAUACAACGAUUCUCAGUGGCACGUCGUCACCGUAACGCACAAUGACCAAGCGUUACGGCUAGUUGUGGACGAUUUUGAUUACUUCAGUACUGACACAGCGCCAGCUCCACUGCACAUACUUGAUGGAGUGUUAUUUGUGGGCGGCGUACAACCGGGCUACGUAGUCGGUGGCAAAGUUGGGUCCAAAGCACCUUUCCAGGGAUGCAUAGCUGACGCUACAAUAAAUGGCAGGAUGCUUAACCUGCUCGAACCCUUCAGUAAUAACAGCGUCAUAUUUGGCAGAUGUGGCACAACAACUACAACAGGCGGCGUGCCCCCAGAUCGCUUGAUCUGGGCGGCACCCGCGCCGGUCGACGUGCUUCCCACGCCCACGUCACUGCCGCCAUUGGCCACACCUGCCCCAGACGUUGUAACCGUUAAAGUUAAUCCAGAAGAAAAUGAAAUCGUGACAAUGACACCUACAGCACCGCCAACUACAACAAGAGCGCCAUUCAAAAUAACAACGACGACCGUCCGACCAUCCACCACCACUCGAAGACCUCCGCCCCAGCCAGAAGCUGGGUGCGCAUUGGCUUAUGACACACACUAUGGCUUUGGUGACCCUUCAGAAGGAUACAGAUUCGGCACUCGCAAUGACAGUCGCAUAGAAUAUUCCAAGUUGCCAGGCCGCCAGCGGGAAGGGUUUGACUUCACGAUCACCUUCCGUACAUUCGACCAGCAUGGCGGUCUUAUUUUCUACGCCGAGGCUGAUAAGGCCCCUGGCCAGUUCUUAGCAUUGUAUAUGAAAGACGCAAAGCUUCAUUUCACAUUCAAUUGCGGUGGAGAAACCGCUUUCGUACAAUCAACACAAACAUAUAAUGGGACAGAAUGGCACACAGUGACCUUAGUCAGGAAAGAAGGUCAUGGAAAAUUAACUGUUGAUUCAGAGCGCAUCGGGGAAGCUAGUGUUACAUGCAUAUCACCAGCUAUUUUAACACCACCAUUCUACUAUGGAGGUCUCGGCAAUUUGUCUUCUGGAAUCCGCCAGAAUCUCAUGGACUUCUACCAGCCAUUUAAGGGAUGUCUAAAGGGACUGAUGAUGAACGGACAGUAUGUUACUGACAUUAUGUAUCGUGUCAACUCACUGCGUUGCACUGACAACAUUGAACCUGGUGUCUACUUUGGUCCAUCUAAUAAUGUUCACAGUAACUAUUUGAAGCUUCUCGAAAACUUCAAAGUUGGCUUUGAGAUUUCCAUCUCGAUGGAAGUGAAGCCGCGGAAUUCCACGGGUUUGCUGUUGAGUGUACACGGCAAGCGAGAUUUUAUGAUCCUCGAGCUACUGGAGAAUGAGGUUAUUGCUAAUGUUGAGAAUGGAAAGGGACCUUUCCAUGCAAGUUAUAAACUAGGCAAUAAGUUUACACUAUGUGAUGGGAAUUGGCACAAAAUUCAUGCUGUAAAAUCUCGGCAUGUGGUUUCCGUUGGUGUGGACGGCCACUUUUCCGACGCUGGUCUGGGACAGUCUGGUUCCACGGACACCAGAUCUGCGCUUUAUAUCGGUGGACACGAGCGGCCGAUAUCGAAGGUGCGUGGCGUUCGGUCUCGCCGUGGCUUUACUGGCUGCAUCAGGAAUAUCGUCAUCAGGGAAACACCAGUUCAAAUACCCCUGACUGCCGCCGGCCGUAAUACCCAUGUUGGUGUCUGUCCAACUGAUUAAUAUUUUUCUUCAACUCUAAACCUAAAUGUAUUACUACAUAAUGCAUAAAAUUUAAUUAUUCUAUCAAGUCCAUUUCGCUUCAUGAC